CAGAGCAACCACAUGGACAUGGUCAAGUUGGCUUCCUACGAGGAAAUUGCCUCUCUCCCCUUGACAUCCUGGAACAUCCAUCAACCUGCCAAAAACGAUGGCCGGGAAGAAGCCUUGGCUGCUCCAGAGGGUCUUGAUCUCAUCCUUAUGCCGGGACUUGGUUUUGACAAACAUGGCAACCGACUGGGAAGAGGAAAAGGGUACUAUGACGCCUACCUGAGCAGGUGUAUGCAGCACCCCAAAGGAAAGCCGUACACAAUUGCCUUAGCUUUCAAAGAACAAAUGUGCGACGCCAUCCCCACAUCCGAAAAUGAUGUGAAAAUUGAUGAAAUCCUAUACGAAGAAAGUAAUUGCUGAUCACUUCAAUAAAUGCCGCAGAUGAACACAUGAGAAUGUUUGAAAAUGGAUUCUUAAACAUCCUUAUUCACCCUCAUUGUUGUGAUAUUGAGUGUUAACUGAUAUGUGUGAAUGGCUUUCCACAAGUGAUCUCCGACUUAGUAGUUUCAUUGUGUGUAGAAUAAUAAUUUCAAAUAAAGAAAU